AUGCCUCCUCAAACAGAAUCGGGAAUUCCUCCUACAGAAGAAGUUGGCUCUACAGAACAUAACAUUGACAUAGAAAGCAUUGAGCGCGGCUUCAGAGAAGUACAUGCCGUCAGGCAAGGUCUUUACCAGCGGCACAUUCAGAUGAUUGCUUUAGCUGGAACAAUUGGCACUGGCCUUUUCCUCGGCUCUAGCCAAGCAAUUGCAAUAGCAGGCCCCUUAGGCGCCUUCCUUGGGUAUACUAUUGUUGGCCUUGCUGUGUCUAGCGUUGUCCUUGCUGUUGGAGAGAUGGAAUACUUCUUCGACCCUGCGAUGUCCUUUGCCAAUGGAUGGAAUCAAGUAUACUUAUACUUAGUGACUAUUCCUGCUGAGAUCGUGGCAGCAGCGGUCUUAGUCGAAUUUUGGAUUACUGUCAACAACGCAAUAUGGAUUACUGUUUUCAGUAUGAUGGUGCUCAUCACUGCACUCGUAUUCGUCAGGUUCUACGGGGAGCUCGAGUUUGUAUUCGCCAUCCUGAAGAUUUUACUGAUCAUUGGGGUAAACCUAAUGGCGCUUGUGAUUACGUGCGGUGGAGGACCAAGCGGUGAAUCCAUCGGUUAUCGAUACUGGAGAGACCCAGGGCCCUUUGUUCAGUAUCUGGGUAUCGGAGGUUCUCUAGGCCAGUUCCUUGGUUUCUGGUCGUGUCUGAAUAAUGCCGUCUUUGCAUACUCGGGUAUCCAGAACAUCACUAUUCCUGGAGCUGAGACAAGGUCUCCAAGGCACGCAAUACCAAAGGCAACCAAGCGCAUCUUAGUCCGCAUCUUCCUCUUCUAUGUCCUGUCAAUCUUCAUGAUUGGUUUAGUUGUUCCGUCUGAUGAUCUCAACCUUCUUCAUUCGACUAGCACAGUUUCGCAAUCCCCGUUUGUUAUUGCCGCUCGCCGUGCAGGGAUCAGGACAGCACCCUCGAUUAUUAAUGCUGUUAUCCUUACUUCGGCCUGGUCUGCUGGCAAUUCAGAUAUCCUUUUUGGGUCUCGUAUCCUUUUCGGCAUGGCUGUCCAUGGACAUGCUCCAGCGGUUUUCAAAGAGCUAAACCGGUUUAGUGUCCCCUAUGUGGCUAUUACCUUCAUUGGAAUCUUUAUGUGCUUGGGGUAUAUGUCACUAUCUAAUUCAGCAAGCAUGAUCUUUGGGUGGUUGCGGGAUAUUGUGGCGAUCUCCACAUUAGUGGAUUGGGAAAUCGUCUGCAUUGUAUACCUCCGAUUCUACUAUGGUUGUAAAAAGCAAGGAAUCGACCGCUACAGAGAGCUUCCAUGGGCAGCACCUUUUCAACCCUACUUCACUUGGGCUUCACUUAUGUUGUUCACCUUUUUACUUGUCACUGGUGGUUUCAGCACAUUCAUCCACGGUCACUGGGAUACUAAAACUUUUAUCUCAUCGUACGUCAAUAUUCCAAUAGUCCUAGCUUUAUAUUUCGGCUACAAAUUGUGGAAGAGAACGCGCAUCAUCGCUUUGGAGAAUAUCCACACCACUUUCAGGCUGAGGACUUGA